UAACCUUAUUUGUUUUAUCUCUGUUUGUUGGGGAUUUGUUUUGCCAUACGCACUCUUUUCCUUCAGUUAACCCCCAACUACUGCUAUUACUUCUUUCCUGUGCUUGCAUGUGACAGGGGAAGAUGGUGCGCAGUAGUCAGCCCACGUACAAAGAGAAUGCAUGGCGGCAGAAGGAGAACAUGCAUAUGAGCCUCGUCAAUGCGCUGGCCAGCCUGGAAGAAGCCAGCCGGCGGACCUUCAAUACGCGCAUGGAAGAGCUCAUCUUCCCGGAGAAGAUCUGGCUGAUCUGCGAGACCAAUCUGCUGUCGCGUUUCAUGACGUGGGGCGAUGAGAAGGGCAUGGUGAUGAUUAAUCUGGCAGAGUUUGAAGACGGACUCCUCGCCAAUUACGGCACCACGCAUCUGUUCAAGACAGGCAAGCUGGUGUCGUUCAUCCGCCAGUUUAAUCUGUAUGACUUCAAGAAAAAGCGCGAUCUGUUCCUGGAUCUGGAUGGGCAGGAAUUACGCUUUGGAUUGUACUACCAUCAGUAUCUGCGCUCGGGUGAUCAGCAGUUGUUGGCGCGAUGUGCCCGGAAAGUCGUCAAACGUCUACCCUUGAGCGGCAAUAGUGUUCGUGUGAUGAAAAAAGAUUCCGAGUCCGAUGAGGAGACUCAGGAGAGCAUUUCCAGUAGCAAGAUGUCCCGUCCAAAUCCGGCGUCAUCAAGCGAAUGUCAUUGCGUGGCCAACCGUCGCGCAAAAGGUACAGCCGACAGCAUUCCUCUCUUCAAUAAUAAGCACGCAGUGGCUCGAAAGAAUCGCGUCCGGACGGAACUGCAGCGCACCAGUCUGAUUCAGCGCUGGCUGGAGAUGCCGAAAGAAUGGUAUGACCUCCCGGAAUUACAGCGCCGCCGUGAUCCCACCGCGCGGUCACUGUUCGAAGUACAACUGGAAUCUGGAUCCGAUGGUGGUGGGCGAUCUGGCGGCACUGGCCAGCUACGGGAUGCGGGAGGACCACAGUGCGCCCAUGACCGAUGA